AUGUACGUCCAACUUUCUUUGCUUUUCACCCUGUUAUUUACUACGGUCAAUGCGGGUUACACCGAUUUAAAUCAGCUGCAUUACGGCGGACCACACGUCGGCUUUUUCGAACCAGAUAGCAAAGUUCAGCACCAGUACUCAUUUGGAAACGACCACCACGAACCCAUUAAUUAUAAAUUUAACUAUGCAGUGAAUGAUCAUUUUACAGGAGAUGAAAAGCAGCAUAACGAGGAGAGACAUGGAGAUGUCGUAGAGGGCUCAUAUUCGAUGAGGGAGGCUGAUGGAACCUACAGAAUUGUUCAUUACAAAGCUGACAAGCACAACGGAUUUGAAGCCACUGUUCAUAAAACCGGAGUGCCUAAUAAGUAUUACGUAGGUGGGAUAAAAUAUUUCUAA